AAACAUGGCGUCGCUCUGCGUGGGACCGGCGCCUCCGGGCUAAGCGCUCUCUCCCGCUGUCCGACGCUGAGGAGCGGCGGCGCUGGCCGCUACCCACCCGAGCCGAGCGAGGAGGACCGCUCGCAGCGCACUGAGGGGUGCGGCCUCGGAGGGGCAGAGGCUGAACCGCCCUACCCGCCGCGCAUCUCCCCGCCUCCGCCGCGGCGCCGGCCCCCGCCAGAUUCCCGGCCGAGCGGCAGAAGGGAGGACGCCGACUCCGCUGCAGGAAAGUCAAUGAACUUAAUUGAGAAUGUCUGAAAACCUUGACAAGUCCAAUAUAAACGAAGAAGGAAAAUCAAAAUCAAAUGAUUCUGAGCAAGGCCUUGAAGAUGCUGUGGAAGGUUCUGAUGAAGCUUUACAGAAAAUAAAGUCGGGCUCUCCUAGCACCCAAAGAGUGCAAAGACCUCACUCUAGUCCUCCUCGAUUCGUGACAGUAGAAGAACUUCUAGAGACAGCAAAAGGAGUCACUAACAUGACCAUAGCCCAUGAAAUUGUCAUAAAUGGAGACUUUCGGAUUAAACCAGUUGAAUUACCAGAAGACAGCUUGGAGAAGAAAGUAAAGGAUAUUGUACAUAAAGCUUUUUGGGAUUGCUUGAGUGUCCAGUUAAGUGAAGACCCCCCAACUUAUGACCGGGCCAUCAAGCUUGUUGGUGAGAUCAAAGAGACGCUCUUAUCUUUCUUGCUGCCUGGUCACACUAGACUGAGAAACCAGGUAACAGAAGUCUUGGAUCUGGAUCUGAUAAAGCAGGAGGCAGAGAAUGGGGCCCUGGACAUUUCCAAGCUGGCAGAAUUCAUUAUUGGCAUGAUGGGGACGCUGUGCGCACCUGUUCGAGAUGAGGAAGUGAAGAAACUAAAGGACAUUAAGGAAAUAGUGCCCCUUUUCAGGGCAAUUUUUUCCGUGUUGGACCUCAUGAAAGUGGACAUGGCAAACUUUGCUGUCAGCAGCAUCAGGCCACAUCUCAUGCAGCAGUCAGUUGAAUAUGAAAGGAAGCAGUUUCAAGAGUUUUUGGAGAAGCAGCCAAAUUCGCUGGACUUUGUCACCCAGUGGCUGGAAGAAGCCGCAGAUGACCUUAUGAAUCAGAAGUAUAGCAAUGCCUUGCCGGCUGCGGGAGAGGCCUCUGGCUCUGGGGACGGUCCUGGGCCAGAUCCUGUUGCUGUCCAGAAUUAUGCGUACCUGAAGCUUCUGAAGUGGGACCACCUCCACAGACCUUUCCCCGAAACAGUUUUGAUGGACCAUUCUCGCUUCCAAGAGUUCCAGCUCCAUCUGGAGCAGCUGACCGUCCUGGGGGCCGUGUUGCUGGUCACGUUCAGCAUGGCAGCGCCGGGAAUUUCCAGCCGGGCCGACUUCGCUGAGAAACUCAAGAUGAUUGUGAAGAUUCUGCUCACAGAUAUGCAUCUGCCCUCCUUCCAUCUGGAGGAUGCCCUAACUACCAUUGGGGAGAAAGUCUGCCUGGAGGUGAGCAGCUGCCUUUCCCUGUGCGGGUUCCGCCCCCUCACCAUGGACAAGGAGGCCGUGCUCAAGGGCCAGAUCCAGGCCGUGGCCAGUCCUGACAACCCCAUCCGCAGGAUCGUUGAUUCCCGAAUCCUGACCUUCUUAGAAACCUACCUUGUCUCCAGUCAUCAGAAGCCAUUGCCCACAGCCCCAGGGGGAUUAGGUCCCAUUCAAACAGAGCUGGAGGAAGUUGCCAUUAACUUCGUGCGCCUGGUCAACUAUAACAAGAUGGUCUUCAGUCCCUACUAUGAUGCGAUCCUCAGUAAGAUCCUUGUCAGACCCUAACGCCUAUGCUCCGUAUAGCAGCAGUGUUACCCACUUGACCUGUUCUCAGCUGUAGUGUUGCUUUGGAAAAUGGCUGCUUAGUACAUUUCUAUUUAACAGCACUGAUGCCAAAAGGAAGAAUAUUGUGUAUCACUGUUGAAAAGACUUGUUGAAGAAUGUACUGAAUUCU